AUGGGCAAGCCUCUGAUGAUUUUGAACUCCCUGUCCGCUUCCGUUGAUCUACUGGAGAAGAAAGCGCAAAUCUUCUCGGACCGUCCGCAACUGAUAGCGCUGGAGAUGACCGGUUUGGAUUUUGGCUUUGGGACUAUGAGUUACGGACCGCGGUGGCGUGCCCAUCGAAAGGCUUUUCACCAGUUCUUCAACCAGAGAGAAGUGGCCAAGUAUCGGCCAAUUAUCGAGCAAGAAGGACUUGCCUUCUUACGUCGCUUGGCUGCUGAUCCAUUCAGCAUUCAUCGGGAAUCGCGCAAUUAUUUUGGUACUGUCCUGAUUCGGAUUUCAUAUGGGAUCGGCCACAUAGGCGCCAACAAGCGGCUGAUCGAGCAUGCGCAAGCUAUUGUGGAAGGCUUCGGGGAGAUAUUCGCCCCAGGAAGGUUCUUGGUGAAUAUCUUUCCCUGGCUUCGUCACUUCCCCUCCUGGUUUCCGGGAACAUCAUGGAGGGCGAGGUUUGACUACUUCAAGACAGCUCGCGAGCUUGCCGUUGUUCACUCAUUCAAUGAAACGAAAGAGAGAGUGGGCACAUGA